CCCCUUUGUCUUCUUCAUACACACUCUCCCUCUUUUUCCAUUUGUUUCAUUUUCUCUCUCCUCAAAUUUCCAUCUACCUUUCGGUCUCAGUGUUGGUGUUCACCCUUUUAGGUGGAGUCUUGCCUUUACCUUCUUCCAAUUCCACCAAUUCGAUCAUCCGAUCUUCUUGGUUGUUGUUCCAGAUCAUUCUAUUGAUUUGAUUUGAUUUGACCCUAAUUUCCGACGAUUCUAUUUCAACGAUGAGGAUUUCAAACGAUUAGGGGUUUGAUCGGUGUUUGUACAUAUUGAUUUUUUCUGUGUAUUGUUUUCCGGUGGAUUAGGUUGAUUUCAGAUCUGUAAGCUAUUGUAAUUAGGGUUUUUAAUUGGUGGAUAUGCAUAUUGAGGAUUUUGAAGCGGAAGAGGUGCUGGCAGGUGAAUCGGAUGAUCUUUAUUCUAAGGUUAGGGUUUCUGGAAAUGAUCGAAACGUCGUCGCUUGGGAUACGAAGAGGGUGUUGAUUGGAGCUGGUGCUCGCGCUCUAUUUUAUCCUACUCUGGUUUACAACGUUGUUAGGAACAAAGUUCAGACCGAGUUUCGCUGGUGGGAUCGGAUUGAUAAGUUUGUGUUGCUAGGUGCUGUACCAUUCCCAAGUGACGUUUUGCGGUUGAAAGAGCUUGGUGUUCAUGGAGUGAUUACUUUAAAUGAGCCUUAUGAGACUUUGGUUCCUUCGUCUCUCUAUCACGCUCAUGGCAUUUAUCACCUUGUGCUUCCUACUAGAGACUAUCUCUUUGCUCCGUCAAUGAAUGAUAUAUGCCAAGCUGUGGACUUCAUUCACAGAAAUGCUUCUCGUGGGUGGAUGACUUAUGUACACUGUAAAGCUGGUCGAGGUCGUAGCACCACAAUAGUCCUAUGUUACCUGGUACAACACAAGAAAAUGACUCCUGAGGAUGCUUAUAGCUACGUGAGAUCCAUCAGACCAAGGGUUCAGCUUGCUUCUAUCCAGUGGCAGGCUGUCAAAGAUUAUUACUACUAUAAGGUGAAGAACUGUAGCUCAGCUCCUAGUAACAAUUUGAUAACUAGAAGAUCAGGGGUUCCACCAGCAGCGGGAAACUUAUUUGAAUUUGAUGAUUGCUCCGUAGUGGUGGUGACGAAAUCCGACCUAGACGGUUAUGAUCGAAGUAAGCCGAGUGAUGAAGAUAGUCAGAUAUUGGCAGAUCUUAACGUGAUAUACAAAGUACGUGUUGCUGGUCAGGCGGCACUAGCCAGGCUAUCCUGCUUGUGGCUUCGUUGCCACACCGAGCAGAAGAUUGCAGAGGAGCAGCUUCUUAGGCAGGGUAGCUGCACCAUCACGGCAGACCAGAUAAGUGGCAGCCUUACUGUAGACAUCCAUGUGUAUUAAGAUUAUGAUGAUGGUCUUGUAUUCGCAUCAAAAUCAAACGUGUUUGAUACCUUGUUUUCUAUUUUCUGCCCCAGUAAAUAUGAGGAGGCUAAUAAAAAAUCUGGGUGUAGGUUGGCCUUGCUCAGCUUUCCCUUGUAAAUCUUGUCAUUUUCAUGUUUCUAAUAGAAGUGUAGAAGUAGCAUCA